AUGGACCACGACUUUGAGAUGCAGCCGCAUGUGGCCCCCGGCCCCGGAAACUCCUUCUCCCGUAGCCACCUGCUGGGCCGCCCAGCCCGCCCCUCGAAGCUCCCCAGUGGGGUGUCGCCUCUCACCCCUGUUCUCAGGAAGACCUUCCACCUGGAUGCUUUUCCCCCGAGCCACAUCCCGCAGGCUUCCAGCCGGUCGGGCCUCGGGGCGAGGGCCUGGAGCAUGUCCUCCCAGGAGACCGGCAAGAGCCUGGCAUCCAGGAAGUUCAGCUCCAUCUCCUUAACAGUCCAUCCGCACAGACAGGCACGGCCCCUGGGCCCCCUGCCUUCUCACUGGGAAGAGCUGUCCAGCCCGGGCAAGGAGGCGGCCACGCAUGGAGGACGGAGGCUGCCCACAGUUGGUUCAUCAUCGGUGACCCUAGUGCCAGGGGACAGGGUCCACUCUGAGGGCCCAGGGAACCCAGGUAUGGCCAAACCCAGCAGGAUGCCCACAGCGGAGAAGCCCCUGGUGAGUUCGUACCUGACCCUACCGUUCCAGUCCCGCUUAGCUCCGAGUCCACCAGGUCCUGCGGGGCCGGGCUCAGUGGGUCCGAAGCACCCUGUCCCAGUGACUGCACACGUGCCUGCCAGAGCUUCACCAGGAAGAGGCAAGCCCCGGUGCAGGGGUAUUCCAAGACCCCGGCUGCAUCUCCAAAGGGCCUCCCCUACCUCGGGGCCCACAAUGGCCAUGGACUUGGCUGCUCUGGAUAAGAGGCCAGGCACAGCCAGCCGUUUAUCCACAAGGACCACCAAUAGACCUGGCUUGACUGUCAACUUGGCUACACCAAAUCCAUCCAGACUGGACACAGGCAUUGAGUCCCCUGAUCUGGAUAUCAAUCUGGGCUCUGCCAUGGACGUAGCUACAGCAGGCACAACCAAGCCCGGAGAGGGCAUGGACUCGGUAACCCCAGACCCAGACAAGGUGGGCAAAGCCAUAGCUACAGCAGGCACAGCCAAGCCAGAAACAACCACAGGGGGUGCAGCCAUGGAACGGGCAGCCCCAGAUCCAGUCAAGCUGGGCACAGCCAGGCCGGACACAGUCAUGCUGGUGAACACAGCCAAGCUGGGCGGGACUACGAAUUCUCCAGCUCUGGAUACAAGCAGGUUGGUCAUAGCCAUGGGUCCAGCUGUGCCAGUCACCCCAGACCCGGCUGCUGGCGAGACCACACUGGACAGUGUCAUUAACCUGAUGACACCAGACGUUGCCACCCACCCAUCAAUGCUGAGCCAAAGCACAGACGCAGCCCUGGGCCACCCUACAGCAGAUGCUGCCACGGACUGGGCCACAGAGCUGGACCGGGCCAGAGAAACCAAAGGGCUCCCGGAGACCAGGACGGACGCAGCCAUGUCAGAGCUGGUGCCUGAGCCCAGGCCUAAGCCGGCAGUGCCCAUGAAGCCCGUUGGCAUCAACCCCAACCUGCUGGGCUACAUCGGCAUCGACACCAUCAUUGAACAGAUGCGCAAGAAGACCAUGAAGACUGGUUUUGACUUCAACAUCAUGGUGGUCGGUCAGAGUGGACUGGGCAAGUCAACACUGGUCAACACCCUCUUCAAAUCCCAAGUGAGCCGCAAGGCCUCCAGCUGGAACCGGGAGGAGAAGAUUCCCAAGACAGUGGAGAUCAAAGCUAUUGGGCAUGUGAUCGAGGAAGGUGGUGUCAAGAUGAAGCUGACUGUCAUCGACACCCCGGGCUUUGGAGACCAGAUCAACAAUGAAAACUGCUGGGAGCCCAUUGAGAAGUACAUCAAUGAGCAGUAUGAGAAGUUCCUGAAGGAGGAGGUGAACAUCGCCAGGAAGAAACGCAUCCCUGACACUCGCGUCCACUGCUGCCUCUACUUUAUCUCCCCGACCGGACACUCCUUGCGACCUCUCGACCUGGAGUUCAUGAAACACCUCAGCAAAGUUGUGAACAUCAUCCCCGUCAUUGCUAAGGCUGACACCAUGACCCUGGAGGAGAAGUCUGAAUUCAAGCAAAGGGUUCGAAAGGAGCUUGAAGUGAAUGGCAUUGAAUUCUAUCCCCAGAAGGAAUUUGAUGAGGAUUUGGAGGACAAGACAGAGAAUGACAAAAUCCGGGAGAGCAUGCCUUUCGCUGUGGUGGGAAGUGACAAGGAGUACCAAGUGAAUGGCAAGCGGGUCCUCGGCAGAAAAACUCCCUGGGGCAUCAUUGAAGUGGAAAACCUCAACCACUGUGAGUUUGCCCUGCUUCGAGACUUUGUCAUCAGGACCCACCUCCAGGACCUCAAGGAAGUAACACACAACAUCCACUACGAGACCUACAGGGCCAAGCGUCUUAAUGACAAUGGAGGCCUCCCUCCGGGAGAAGGCCUCCUGGGCACUGUCCUUCCACCCGUGCCAGCCACCCCCUGCCCCACUGCCGAAUGA